CAACUACUUUGCGACUUGCGACUUUGCUACUUUAUUACUUUGUUGUUUCAACUUCAGAUAAAUGGUCAUAGUCUUUUAGACUUGGCAGAGUUUCAUUGCUACCAUUGGUGGCUACUAUAAGCACGCAAUACUUCCAACUCCAUCCCUCCACCUUCCGACCUCCGAUAGCGCUCCUUUUCCUCCGUCAACACCCUAGAGCACACAAAAGCCCGUGGGCAGCUCUCAGAACCUACCUCGACAUCAUGCCUUUCCUUAAAUCCGAAUCCGGAUUGCCCCGCGACAACCAAACAGGUCCAGGCGCCUUCGAGAGGCUCGUGGAGAACCUUAGUGCGGCUUUAGGUCCGAGUUCGGGGCUCGAUUCUAGUGAUGUCGACCCGAUGGAAAUACAACUUUUGAUGGAGAAAUAUGUUUCAAAUGAGGAAGAAUGGGGCUCUUAUGCACUGGGGGAUGCAAGCAGGACAUACACAAGGAAUUUAAUUGACGAGGGGAACGGCAAGAGCAACUUGUUGAUACUUGUGUGGAGUCCUGGAAAAGGCAGUUUAAUCCAUGAUCACGCCAACGCACACUGUGUUAUGAAGAUCUUGAAAGGGAAGCUUCAAGAGAACCUCUACUCAUGGCCCGACCAAGCAAAAAUAGAGGAUGGCCAACCCUCCCCACCGCAACUUACCAAGCAAACCACCUACGGCGAAAACCAAGUGACCUACAUGUCCGACAAGCUAGGUCUGCAUCGCAUAUCCAACCCUGACCCGGAAGAUUUCGCCAUCUCAUUACAUCUUUACACUCCACCCAACGCUGCGAUUCAUGGAUUCUCCAUUUUCGAUGCGAAAACCGGCAAGGCAUUUCAUGUCAAGCAGACCAAUUUUUACUCCUAUCGUGGUCAACGCCUUGAUGAUGGACAAGAGUAAUUUUGUCCAUGCUCCUAGACUCUUUUUUAAAUACCCUUUUCUCUAUCUUUAGCGUUGAUAGUCUUGACAAGAUGAGAUUGUAUGUUGUAUUCUUAUGUAAAAAUGCAGUUUUAUGCUAUUCUCUC